AUGGAAGCUAAGCUGACUCUUCUGGUUCAGCUCAUGGUGAUCCUCUGUUCAGCAUGGGAAAUCACUUCCAAAUUUGAGUUCACCAACGUCAACUGCACUUCACUAGACGAAAACUUCACCGAAAUCGAAUACUGCUAUCUGAAGUCGAUUAAUCGGACCUACAAAUAUUUUUCAGCUAGAGUGACACUAUUCCAAGUUCCCGUCACCAAUAUCAAGGUAAAUCUGGCGUUGCUCAAACGACUCAAUGGAUACAAGCCCUUUCUCUACAAUUAUACUGUGGAUGCCUGUCGAUUUCUAAAGAAUCCCAAGUCUAAGCCGGUCAUUAAUUACUUUUAUGAGUUCUUUAGGCCCUGGUCCAAUAUGAAUCAUUCGUGUCCUUUCAAUCACGAUCUUGUAGUGGACAAGCUGACUGCCAGCUUUAUCAAUCAUCAGUUUACAAAUAUUCUGGCCUUUCCCGAGGGAGAUUAUCUAUUGGAGACCAACUGGUUUGCUUAUGGUAUCAAACGAGCCGUGGUUAAAGUGUAUGGCACUCUUCGGGAAUGA